AUGAGUUUGCUCCACUGGGUCGUAUCUGGGUUCUAUGGGAACCAUCAGUUUAGUUGUCUAUCCAUUCGAAGUCAUGUCAGAACCUGCUUAGUGAAGCUCCCUCACUUUGUCCAAGAGGUGGCUGUCACCUUCGUCUAUGCUCUCAAUUGUAAGUACAAGAGGAAGAAGUUGUGGGCUGAGUUAUGUGCUUUAGCUGCUGAUCCGAUCAUUGAAUCAAAGCCUUGGGUUGUUCAAGGUGACUUUAAUCAAACACUCUCACCGGAGGAAAGCUCUCAGGGUGGUACUAGAAUUUCGAGUGGUAUGGCUGAUUUUAGGGAUUGCAUCAGUGAGUGUGGUAUAUCAGAUCUUUCUAUUAGAGGGAAUUUCUACACUUGGUGGAAUAAACGUCUCUCUUCCCCUAUUGUCAAGAAGCUGGAUCGGAUUUUGGUUAAUGAUAAAUGGCUAUUGUCUUUUCCCCUCUCCUUUGCAAACUUUGGAAACCUGGAUUUCUCGGAUCAUUGUCCUGGCACCAUCUCUUUGGGUAUCCAAAACCGUGCAAGAAAAUCAUUCAAAAUCUCUCAUUUUCUGAUGGAACACAAAGACUUCCUACCUAGGGUGGCUGAUCAUUGGCAGAACACCAACAUACUGGGCACUGCAAUGUUCUCUCUAUCAAAGAAACUAAAGCUUCUAAAGCCUACAAUCAAAGACAUCAACCGCGAACACUUCUCCAAUCUGGAGGUUCGAGUUAAAGAAGCACAUGAUGAUCUUUUAUCUCAACAGCAGCAAUUACUCGCUGACCCCUCUCCUAUCUUGGCUGGUUUAGAAAGAGAUGCUCAAGCAAAACUUAGAACUUUGUCAAUUGCAGAGGAACACUUUCUAUUGCAACGUUCUCGGGUCAAAUGGUCAGGGUUUGGGGAUGGUAAUUCAGCUUAUUUCCACAGGGUCGUCAACGCUAGAAGAGCUGCAAACCAAAUCCAUUACCUUGUCAAGCCUACGGGGGAGAGAGUGGAGGUCCUUGAUGAGGUUAAAGCUUAUUGUGUGGAUUACUUCUCGGAUAUCUUGGGCGGUUCUUCUAACCCAAUUUCAGAGGAGCAAGCAGAACAGAUAAGGCUUUCCACUCCUUUCAGAUGUACUGACGCGGCAAAGUUGAUGUUGGUUGCAGAUGUCAGUUCUGAGGAUUCAACUGUCUCGACUGCUGCCUCUUCAACUACGGGAUGGAUUCUUCCAUCUCUUCGCUCUAGGGACACGGCAGUUCAAGCCUAUAGAAACGCCAUCACCAAUCUGAAUCCACCAGCUCCUAUCAGAGGACCGGAUGUUUACACAUGGGGUGAGGAAGGCUCGAGUAAAUCUUGUUUCUCCACUAAAGUAACUUGGAAUCUUCUGCGCCCUUCUGCCCCGUUGGCUCCAUGGUACAAAGAGGUUUGGUUUAGUCAUGCGGUUCCGAGACACGCAUUUCAGUUUUGGGUCUCCACUUUAGAUAGACUUCCAACUAAGUCGAGACUUCAUCAUUGGAAUGCAUCCAUAUCUCCGGCUUGUUCGAUGUGCAAUGGGUUUGAGGAAACUCGUGACCACAUCUUUUUCCAGUGUACUUUUGCAGUUGACGUUUGGAGAAUGGUCACGCCAAGGUUAAAUGGUGGUUCGGCUAUGGGUUUGGUUAAUUGGUCUCAAUUGUUGCAAUGGAUGAGAACUCCAUCGAYGACAAUCUCUAGGAUUUUGAAACGAUUAGUGGCUCAAUGCACUAUCUAUCUUAUUUGGAUGGAGCGGAACGCGCGUGUCCACACAGGUUUGACUCUCUCUGCUGCAYAAAUCUUCAAACGGAUAGARCGAACUACACGGGACUCACUACUAGCGRGKUACUCARGGAGGCGCUGRAAUGGUCUCCUGUUGCAGUGGUUCACUUACUCGUAG